AUGCAGCGCUCGCGGGCGGCGGACGAGGCGGCGCUGCUGCUGGCCGGGCUGGGCCUGCGGGAGCCGGAGCCGCAGCCGGAGCCGGAGCCGGGCGGCGGCGCGCGGCGGGGCCCGAGCCUGCGCAGCGAGCGGGGAGGCCCGCGCCGCGCCGUCGCCUCGGAGCUCGCGGCCGGCAGCCCCCGCGCCAGCCUGGCGGGCUCGGACGGCGGCAGCGCGCGCUCCAGCGGCAUCAGCCUGGGCUACGACCAGCGCCACGGCAGCCCGCGCGCCGCCCGCCCCGUUCCCAACCCCGUCGCCGUUCCCGGGGGCAGCGCGCGCUCCAGCCUGUCCAGCCUGGGCUCCCGCGGCUCGGCCGGCGCCUACGCCGACCUGCUGCCGCCCGCCCGCUCCCCCGACCCGCCGCCCCCCGCCUUCGCGCUGCCCGGCCCCGGCCCCGGCCCCGGCCCCGGCUCGGCCGAGCGCAGGCUCGACGCGCUCACCCGCGAGCUGGAGCGGGCGCUGGAGGCGCGCUCGGCGCGGGAUUACUUCGGCAUUUGCAUCAAGUGUGGAUUGGGCAUCUAUGGAGCCAGGCAGGCCUGCCAGGCAAUGGGCAGCUUGUAUCAUACUGACUGCUUCACCUGCGACUCUUGCGGGAGACGGCUUCGCGGGAAGGCGUUCUACAACGUGGGCGAGAAGGUGUACUGCCAGGAGGACUUUCUGUACUCUGGGUUCCAGCAGACGGCUGACAAGUGUAGCGUGUGUGGACACCUCAUCAUGGAGAUGAUCCUGCAGGCCCUAGGCAAGUCCUACCACCCAGGCUGCUUCCGGUGUUCCGUGUGUAACGAGUGCCUGGACGGUGUGCCCUUCACUGUGGACGCUCACAACAAUAUCUACUGUGUCCGAGACUACCACGAGGUCUUUGCACCGAAGUGCGCUUCCUGUGCCCGCCCCAUUCUCCCUGCCCAGGGCUGUGAGACGACCAUCCGGGUGGUAUCAAUGGACAGGGACUAUCACGUGGAGUGCUACCACUGCGAGGACUGCGGGAUGCAGCUGAGUGGGGACGAUGGACGCCGCUGCUACCCCCUGGAGGGCCACCUGCUGUGUCGCCGCUGCCACCUGCGACGCCUGCGGCCAGGCCCGCUCCCCUCACCUGCUGUGCAAGUCACGGAGCUCUGAGUGGGGGGCUGCCGACCUGGGCCUGUGUGUGUGUACAUGUGUGUUGGGCUUUGUGUGUGUGUGUGUGU